GCCUUCCCAGUCUACUCAGUCAUGGCUGCUUUGAGGGCUGUUCCUUCCUUCCUUCUCUCGAGAGGUCUGUUGAGAGAUUGCCGCUCGUUUAGCAGCAGUAGCAGCAGCCGCCACCGGAGCCGGACCGUCGCCGUACCCGAGCGUAUCCAAGAGAAGCGUCGCGCUGCAUUGCUCGGAGGCGGUCAGGCUCGCAUAAACGCGCAACACAACCGGGGAAAGUUGACAGCCAGAGAACGUAUACUAUUGUUAUUGGACUCUGACAGUUUUGUAGAAUAUGACAUGUUUGUGGAACACAGAUGUUCAGAUUUUGGGAUGGAAAUUGAGAAAAACAAGUAUCCUGGGGACAGUGUGAUUACUGGACAGGGUAGAAUUAAUGGCAGACUGACUUAUGUCUUCAGUCAGGACUUUACUGUGUUUGGGGGAAGUUUAUCUGGAGCACAUGCUCAAAAGAUCUGCAAGAUUAUGGAUCAGGCUGUUAUGAUUGGUGCUCCUGUUAUUGGGCUGAAUGAUUCAGGAGGAGCCCGUAUUCAAGAAGGAGUGGAAUCCUUGGCUGGUUAUGCUGACAUAUUUUUAAGAAAUGUUUUAUGUUCUGGAGUAGUGCCACAGAUUUCUCUUAUUAUGGGUCCUUGUGCAGGAGGUGCUGUCUACUCUCCUGCUUUAACAGAUUUCACAUUUAUGGUAAAGAAUACAUCCUAUCUAUUUAUAACUGGUCCUGAUGUAGUCAAAUCAGUGACCAAUGAAGAUGUAACUCAGGAACAACUUGGGGGUGCGAAGACGCAUACUGCAGUAUCAGGGGUUGCACAUUGUGCUUUUGAAAAUGACAUAGAUGCGUUGCUCAACCUUAGGGAAUUCUUUAAUUUCCUGCCACUUAGUAACAAGGAGCCAGCUCCUGUCAGAGAAUGCCAUGACUCUAGUAAUCGCUUGGUACAUGAGUUGGAUACAAUUGUCCCAAUGGAAUCAACCAAAGCUUAUGACAUGUUGGAUAUUGUACAUGCGAUUGUUGAUGAGAGGGAAUUCUUUGAAAUCAUGCCUUCCUAUGCCAGAAAUCUGAUUGUUGGAUUUGCUAGAAUGAAUGGAAGAACUGUUGGAAUAGUUGGUAACCAGCCUAAAGUAGCUUCAGGCUGCUUGGAUAUAAAUUCUUCUGUGAAAGGAGCCCGUUUUGUUCGCUUCUGUGAUGCUUUCAACAUUCCUCUAAUCACAUUUGUAGAUGUGCCUGGAUUUUUACCAGGGACUGCUCAGGAAUAUGGGGGAAUUAUACGUCAUGGUGCAAAGUUGCUUUUUGCUUUUGCAGAAGCAACUGUGCCAAAAAUCACUGUUAUCACGAGGAAGGCUUAUGGUGGGGCCUAUGAUGUCAUGAGUUCAAAGCAUCUACGAGGAGAUGCAAAUUAUGCUUGGCCAACAGCAGAGGUAGCAGUAAUGGGUGCUAAGGGAGCUGUCCAGAUCAUUUUUAGAGGGAAGGGGGAACAUGCAGAAGCAGAAUAUAUAGAAAAGUUUGCAAAUCCAUUUCCCGCUGCAAUCAGAGGAUUUAUAGACGACAUUAUUCAACCUUCAACAACUCGAUUUCGUAUUUGCCGUGAUUUGGAAGUGCUGGCAAGCAAGAGACAAUCCAAUCCCUGGAAAAAGCAUGCCAACAUGCCACUCUGAAACUGCUUCAAGUUAACCUAAAAUCAGUGGAAGGAAAUCGGUGCACACCUGCCAUAUUUAUUGAUUCAGAUCCUGUAAUAGUUUAGGAUAUUUCUGUGAGAAAAAUGUAUAGAGAAUGAGGUUCUGUAAGAUUUUAGUUCAUUAGAAGGGCUUAUAUUUAAGUUGACAUGAUUAAGGCUGAACACACAUUCACAAAUUCACUAAAACACAAAUAUAUUGUGAAAUAAAACAUAACACUUUAAGCAA